AUGAGGUUCAAGAUAGAUGAGCUUGAAGUGCUCUUCCCGUAUCCCAAGAUCUAUCCCGAACAAUGGCAGUAUAUGUGCGACCUGAAAAAGGCACUAGAUGCCAGCGGACACUGUGUGCUUGAGAUGCCUUCGGGCACUGGAAAAACUGUGACCCUGUUAUCACUUAUUGUCGCCUAUCAACAGCAUCAUGGCGACUCCAGAAAACUUAUAUAUUGCUCUCGAACCAUGAGUGAGAUUGACAAGGCUCUCCAUGAAUUAAAAGCUCUUAUGAAGUAUCGAGCGUCACAACUAGGCUAUACAGAGGACUUCCGUGGACUUGGGCUUUCUAGUCGAAAGAACUUAUGCUUGCAUCCAUCUGUAAAGCGCGAAAAGAGUGGAGCGGUUGUCGAUGCUCGAUGCAGGAGUCUCACUGCCUCUUUUGUGGUCCAAAAGAAGGAACGCGGUGAGGAUGUUGAGACUUGCACGUAUCAUGAUAACUUGGAUCUGUUAGAACCGCAUAAUCUCAUUGAGCCAGGUGUGUUCACAUUUGGUGAUCUCUUGAGGUACUGCCAAGAAAAAGUUACAUGUCCAUAUUUCACAGUAAGACGAAUGUUGCCAUACUGCAACGUCAUAAUUUACAGUUAUCACUAUCUUCUGGAUCCCAAGAUUGCAGAACGAGUUUCAAGAGAGCUAUCGAAAGAUUGUAUUGUUGUUUUUGACGAGGCUCACAAUAUCGAUAACGUCGCUAUCGAAUCUCUCAGCAUCGACUUGACUGAGGAUUCUUUGCGAAAAGCAUCGAGAGGAGCCAAGAAUCUUGAGCGAAAGAUUGAAGAAAUGAAGUCUUCAGACGCGGAGAAAUUACAGUCCGAGUACACGAAACUCGUCGAAGGUCUGAAAGCUACCGAAGAAGCGCGAGAUGAAGAUUUGAUCAUGUCAAAUCCUGUGUUGCCCCAAGAUCUUCUAAGCGAGGCCGUCCCUGGAAACAUUCGUCGCGCCGAGCACUUUAUCGCCUUUUUACAAAGAUUCAUACAAUAUCUCAUGACACGAAUGAAAGUCACUCACACCAUCAGUGAGACAACACCAAGCUUUUUACAACAUCUGCGUGAGCUAGUUUUUAUCGAGGCAAAGCCUUUGAGGUUCUGCUCGGAAAGACUUACCUCUCUUGUCCGUACGCUCGAGCUCAUGAAUAUUGAAGAUUAUCAACCUCUUCAGGAAGUAGCAAUGUUUGCAACACUUGUCAGCACUUACGACCGCGGGUUUCUGCUAAUUCUAGAGCCAUUUGAGUCCGAAGCAGCCACAGUUCCUAAUCCCGUGCUACACCUUGCGUGUCUAGAUGCUGCUAUUGCUUUCCGACCUGUCGUGGAACGCUUUUCGUCCAUAGUCGUGACAUCCGGUACCCUUACUCCUCUCGACAUGUUCCCCAAAAUGCUCAACUUUACCCCAGUGCUUCAAGAGUCUUAUACUAUGACUCUUGCCCGUCGGUCCUUCCUUCCGAUGAUAGUCACCAGAGGAUCUGAUCAAUCACAAAUAUCCUCAUCUUUCCAAACAAGAAAUGAUCCAAGCAAUUUGCGCAAUUUUGGCUCGUUAUUGCUAGAUUUUGCCAAAAUCGUACCUGAUGGCAUCGUGGUCUUCUUCCCAUCUUAUUUGUAUAUGGAGUCCACAUUGCAUGUUUGGUCCGGCAUGGGUAUAUUGGACAUGAUCUGGAAUUAUAAGCUGAUCUUGGUUGAAACCCCGGAUGCGCAAGAGUCAUCUCUAGCUCUUGAGACGUAUCGGACGGCAUGUUGUAAUGGCCGUGGAGCUAUUUUGAUGUCUGUCGCACGAGGCAAAGUGGCAGAAGGAGUCGAUUUCGAUCAUCAGUAUGGACGUGCAGUUAUCUGCAUAGGUGUUCCCUUCCAGUACACCGAGUCGCGUAUCCUAAGAGCACGUCUCGAAUUCCUUCGAGAAAAUUACGGCAUCCGAGAGAACGACUUUCUUUCUUUCGAUGCCAUGAGGCAUGCGUCCCAGUGCUUAGGACGCGUCAUCCGCGGCAAAGAUGACUAUGGUAUUAUGGUUCUAGCCGACAAACGCUUCGCCCGCAAACGAUCGCAACUCCCCAAAUGGAUCAGUCAGAACAUCCUCGAAAGCGAAGUCAAUCUCAGUACGGAUAUGGCCGUUGCCACGGCAAAGAACUUCUUGCGAACAAUGGCGCAACCAUUCAGGGCCAAAGAUCAUGAGGGUAUAUCUAGCUGGACUCCGGCGCAAUUAGAGGAACAGAUUGUGAAACGAAAGAUGGAAGAGGAGCGAGUCGAGAGAGGGGAGGAACCUGUUGCUGCUCGGCAGAGGGAUGGGGGUAAUCGUGCAGUCGGUGCACAGGCUGAUGAGUUUGAUGAUGAUAUUGACGAUGAAAUGAUGAUGCUGGAUGCUUAA